AUGUCGGAUGAUUGGAUGACCGAAUAUGCCCAGCCCUUGUACCAAAAAUAUCUGGAUUGGCCGGUGUUAAUUCCCGGGUCAAACUUGCCCCGGCUCCUUGUCCCUAACCCCAUAUUGAACCCUCCCACACUGGAUCAGCCCCGGCUCCUUGUCCCUAACCCCAUAUUGAACCCUCCCACACUGGAUCAGCCCUGGCUCCUUGUCCCUAACCCCAUAUUGAACCCUCCCACACUGGAUCAGCCCCGGCUCCUUGUCCCUAACCCCAUAUUGAACCCUCCCACACUGGAUCAGCCCUGGCUCCUUGUCCCUAACCCCAUAUUGAACCCUCCCACACUGGAUCAGCCCCGGCUCCUUGUCCCUAACCCCAUAUUGAACCCUCCCACACUGGAUCAGCCCUGGCUCCUUGUCCCUAACCCCAUAUUGAACCCUCCCACACUGGAUCAGCCCCGGCUCCUUGUCCCUAACCCCAUAUUGAACCCUCCCACACUGGAUCAGCCCUGGCUCCUUGUCCCUAACCCCAUAUUGAACCCUCCCACACUGGAUCAGCCCCGGCUCCUUGUCCCUAACCCCAUAUUGAACCCUCCCGCACUGGAUCAGCCCUGGUUCGUUGUUUUUCAAAGCACCUUAGAAACACUUACAAACUAA